AUGAGCGACGGUCGUGGUGGCACACUGGAAGCAGAGCCGGAAACUCAGGAUCCCAAGGCGGCCGACGCGGGAUCGGACGAUGAGGAGGACGAGGAGGAUGCGGGAGGGGUGUCGGACGGACAACAGGAGGGUUCCAGUGGCGAGUCCAAGGAAGGAGGAGGGGAGACGGCGAACGGAACGGGGAAAAAGAAGAAGAAAAAGCAGAAAAAGCGCAAGAAGAAGGGCGCGGGUGGGGGAUCCAGUGACGGCUCCGCCUCCCCGAGCGCUUCUCCGCCCACCUCCCCUUCCGCCAACUCCGCGCCCGCCGCGCCGUUCCCCCCAUCGUCGUCCGCGGAUGCCCCCCUGUGCCAACCGGACCUGGAUGACAUGCUUCCGGUGGAGGUGGCGGAAAAGAGGUUUGCUGCUGCAUUAGAGUCGAUGCGCAGCAAGGCGGACCUGUGCAUGUGGGUGCAGCUGGCGCGGUGCCGUGUGGGCGACAAGAAGCUGCGCCGCCUCACAGACGCGCUCAUCCACUGCGAGACAGUCACCUCUGUCGACUUAUCAGAGAACCUUAUAUCGGAUGCAGGCCUGCGCCAGCUCGCCUGCGCGCUCUCCGCCCCCAGUGCCGCCCCGGAUUUGAUUUCCCUGAACGUGAAGCGCAAUCCGAUCUCGGCGUCUGGGCGGGCGUGUCUGGCGAAUCUGCAGGCUGUCAGGAAGCUCGUGAGGAUAGAGUACGAGGAGAGCCCGCCUCCAGCAGCACAGGAGAAGAAGGGCGCGCAGGGAGGAAAGGGGCAGGGCAUGGCGGACCCACGUGGCUUUGAAAGCGGGGAGCGGAUGGGGGGCGGGUUGGCCAGCAAGGCGAGCAACCCACAGAUCAGGAUCGACGCGGCCGUCCGGUUCAUCAGGGAAGCAUCCGAGAAGCUGCAGCAGAUGGCACCGGAGGGCAGCAGCAGCAGGAGCAUAGUGACGCGGGUGUUUGACUCGGGCAUGAUGGCGGAGGCACUGGAGGACGUGGUGGAGCUCGUCGAUGCUGACCUGCGCCGCAACCCCUCCAAGUCCUACCACAACUCGCCCAUCAGCAAGCUGCCACUGCCGCUGCGGCUGGUGGUGGAGAGUCUACCCACGUUCGCAUCCCUGCUGGAGCUGCCCAUACCACCGCAGCAGUGCCAGCGCAAGCUGGCGAAACCGGCAGCAAGGCUGCUGCCUUCCGCUGCGGCUGGUGGUGGAGAGUCUACCGACGUUCGCCUCCCUGCUGGAGCUGCCCAUACCUCCCCAGCAGUGCCAGCGCAAGCUGGCAGAGCCGGCAGCGGGGCGGCACCGCAUCCUGGCGGUGCUGUUGCUGCGCAAGGUGCUGGGGGCGUGUGGGGCGCGUGGUGGAUGACAGGCUGGCGAGAGAGGACGUGGGGCGCAAGGUGGCCUCGCUGCUGUUUGACUUCCCGUGGAGCAAUGUUCUGCACCAUGGGGUCUGCUGCUUCCUCAUGGUACGUGCGUGUGUGCUGCCUCAAGUAUGUGCUGCUGCUGCUGCUGCUGCUGCGCAAGGUGCUGGGGACGUGUGGGCGCGUGGUGGAUGACAGGCUGGCGAGAGAGGACGUGGGGAAGAAGGUGGCGGCGUUGCUGUUUGACUUCCUCUGGAGCAACGUUCUGCACCAUGGCGUGUGCUGCUUCGUCAUGUCCGCCCUGGAGCGUCCCAACUCAUCCCUCUCCUCGUCUCUCCUUGACCCCCCUCCUUCCGAUGACUCCUCCUCCUCCACAUCGUCCACCAUCACUGCUCUCUCCUCCUCCCCUUCUCUUCCCUCCUCCUCUCCACCUGCUGCCACCGCUGCCACUACCAGUGGCACCACCACCACAGACAGCACCACUGCUGCUGAUGCUGCUACCUCUGAUGCUGCUGCUGUCUCCGAAUCCGCUGCUGCUUCUGCUGCUGCGGCGGAGUCUGCCUCCUCCGACCCCCCCUCCACCUCCCCCGAUACUCCCCCAACAAGUGCAGGGGGGGACGAGGGGGCGGUGAGGAAGGCGCGGGGGAGCGGGCAGGGGGAGGGGGAGGCGGACCCCCGUCCCCAGGUGGACGUAGAACCAGAGGCCAAACGGGGGCGCGUGAAUGGGGAGAAGGGGGAAGCAGGGGGGACGGGGGGAGCAGGAGAGGAAGGGACAGAUAAGGCAGCAGAGGUGACGGGUGGUGGGGCGGAGGAGGGUGGUAGUGGGACUGCUGAUAGCGAGGCUGCUAGUAGUGAGGUGGAGAAGGUGGAGAGGGAGGGGCCAGGAGAGGAAGAGAAGGGGGCAGAAGAUAAGGGCCAAGAGGAGGGCAAGGGGGAAGGGGAGAGGGAUAGCAAGGGGGAGGGUGAGGGGAAGAAGCAGACAGCAGCAGCAGCGGCAGCGGAGCCAUUGGUUCCUUCAGGCCCGCUGGCUCUGCCUGUGAGGCUGGCAGUGACGGCAGCUCCCUGGAUCAACACCCCCAUUGGCCAACGACCCGGGCAUGCAGGCCCCAUCAUUCAGCUCAUGUUUGACAUCAGGGGCAGAGCAACCACCAGUGCGCCACUGCAGGUAUGCACCCUCACUCUCACCACUGCAGGUAUGCACCCUCACUCUCACCACUGCAGGUCUUUGGAUAAAGCACACCUCCACCUCCCCUCUUUCCUCCUCUCCCCACCUCCUGCCCUCAUACCCUCCCUUGCCACUCUGCACAUCUCUCACUUCCCCGUCUCUUCCCCCCUCCCUUCUCCCCCUCUCCCUCCCCACUUCCCCCCCUCCCCAUCCAUGCAGGCGAAGCUAGAAAAGCUGCCAGAGUGGCAGGCGUUUGCCCAGGCCAGGGGGCCAGCUGGACGAGCUGCUCUCACAGCAGCAUGGCGCUCUGUGCGGGCCCAAGCCAGUGGUGCCGGGCAGUGA